AAUGUGCGCCGCGGAUGUGACAGGUGAAGAGAGAGUGAGAGUGAGAGUGAGAGGGAAUUCAGCUACAACUGACGGAGUUUUGUGGUCUGAAAUCUGAAAUUCCAAGUCCGAGCAACAGUCUAAAGAAGGAAAUGGCGAAGAAUGAAGGGGAAGAAGUUGUCUGCGUCACCGGCGGCAGCGGAUGUAUUGGUUCCUGGCUGGUCCUCCUCCUCCUCCAGCGUGGCUACACCGUCCACGCCACCGUCAAAAAUCUCAAGGAUGAGAAAGAGACGAAGCAUUUAGAAGCAAUGGAGGGAGCCGACUCGCGUCUCCGUCUCUUCCAAAUCGAUCUCCUUGACUACAAUUCCAUUUUGGCGGCCAUUACCGGCGCUACCGGCGUUUUCCACCUUGCUUCCCCCUGCAUUGUCGAUGACGUUCGCGAUCCUGAGAAAGAGUUACUGGACCCGGCCAUUAAAGGCACAAUCAAUGUACUGACUGCGGCGAAGGAGCUCGGAGUUCGGCGAGUGGUGCUGACGUCUUCAAUUUCGGCUAUUACUCCGAGCCCCAAUUGGCCGGCUGAUGUUGUGAAGAAUGAGGAAUGUUGGACGGAUAUUGAAUACUGCAAACAAAAUGGGAGAUGGUAUCCACUUUCAAAAACACUUGCAGAAAAGGCUGCUUGGGAAUUUGCCAAGGAAAAGGAUUUGGAUGUUGUUGUUGUGAAUCCUGGAACUGUGAUGGGUCCUAUUAUACCUCCAACUCCUAAUGCAAGCAUGGUAAUGCUUCUUCGUCUGCUUCAAGGCUGCACUGAAACGUAUGAAGAUUUCUUUAUGGGAUCUGUCCAUUUCAAAGAUGUGGCCUUAGCACAUAUACUUGUUUAUGAAAACACUUCAGCGAAAGGAAGGCACCUGUGUGUUGAAGCAAUAUCUCAUUAUGGUGACUUUGCAGCUAAAGUUGCUGAACUUUACCCUGAAUACAAUAUUCCCAGGAUUCCCAAGGAUACUCAGCCUGGUCUGUUGAGGGCUAAGGAUGGAGGAAAGAAGCUGAUGGAUUUGGGUCUACAGUUCAUCCCCAUGGAGCAAAUUAUCAGGGACUCGGUUGAGAGUUUGAAGAGCAGAGGAGAUAUAUCUUGAAUCAUACUACCUGUCUGCUGCAUCGAAGUUGAAUUGACAAACCUCUAGUAAGCGGCGUUGGAAUGUUGAUUGUGAUUCUAUAAACAAAUGUAAUCAGUAAUCUGACUUUAACUAUGUAAUAUACUGAAUAGAAGCUUUGCUUCACCUUCAUGCUUUCUUUUUUAGUAAUGUUAAAGAUCUGCUCGUUUUAUUUGCCUUA